AUGGAUCUUCCGGUACGCGACACUAAUCAACAUGAAAAGUUCACAAUUUUCUGGAAUCAUAAAAGACGACCUCAAGUAAACGCUGGAGAGUUAAACGCCUUAAAGGUACCUGCUCUAUCGCUCUUGUCCUAUAUGACCGCCCCGGAGUCCGAGGCUAAGGCAGUGAGCCACACCAAUAAGCCGCCAUGCUGUUUGCGCAUCUUCCGUGAUGAUUUCAUCAUUUUGGGUACCUACGACCUGGAUAAACCUAGCGGAGCUAGAACAGGAUCAAUUGAUGUACUUGACAAGAAUCUCGGCCCUCUGGGGACUUAUGAUACAUAUGGUGCAGUCUUGGAUCUUAAGUUGUCUCCCUUCGAUGAUACACUAAUGGCAUCUGCCCACUCCACCGGAAACGUCGAACUAUGGAGGAUAGAGUACGAAUCCAUUGCCUCUGAUAGGACUUUAAAGCUGCUUCGCAUAGCUAAUCUGCAAGUUUUCGACGCCGAUACACUAAUAACUUCUCUUCAUUUCUCCCCAAGGACGCCCGAGAACCUGUUGGUAACAGCAACCAAUGGGGAAACGCGUGUCCUAGAUCUCAAACACGAGUCUGAGGUUUUCACAUCUCAAGCGCUUUCCACGCAAUAUUCUAAACUUGAAACAAAUCUCCUAGAUGUUCAAGGGCGCCAGGCUUCUGUUUUGAACGUUGACUCUGUCACGCUCGACUAUCAGCAUGCUCUAGAAUGCUGGACGGCUGAAUAUGGCUGCCUUGCGCCUUUUGAAAAUGUUGUGUUUACAGGUGGGGAUGACUCUGCCAUAGCAGCUCAUGACCUGCGCACCCUGGAGACUGUAUGGUCUAAUUCAAGGAUUCAUGAAGCGGGUGUGGUUGCAAUAAAAUGCAGCUCAAGCACUUUCCGAGCCAACAAGCCUACUAGCAUUCUAACAGGCUCGUAUGACGACCACAUAAGAUCAUUAGAAUUACGCAUGAUGGGAGAUUCUAUAUAUCCAGGCGUUAAUGUACCAGUCGCGAACUCCAGCAGCUCCAAUUUAGGUGGGGGUGUUUGGAGAUUUGCCGAGUCGCCUCAAAAUGCACAAGACAGCGAAUCAAACAAGUUACUAGUCUGCUGCAUGUACGACGGAGCCAAAAUUCUGCGUGUAGAUGGGGACGAUUUUAUCAUUGAAACCUAUACCAAGAAAAAUCACGAAUCAAUGUGUUACGGCGGUGACUGGGGCCAUAAAUUUGUUGCCACCUGCUCCUUCUACGACAAAGUUGUUCAGUUGUGGGACGAAUAA